AUGGAGAUUAAGCCAAUUUUCACGACACUUUUCAUAAUUACCAUUUCGAUAUCAUUUAUGUAUCCAAGUUUGGGCCUAGAAGAUGUUGACGGAGAACCAUUGGUUAAUCCUGGUCGCGAGAUGGAUGCAGUGGAAGUGAUAUCGCCGGCUUCACAAGAGUACAAUUUUUAUAUGCUUGAGAACCUACAACCAGAAUAUACAACGAAUCUAGAAAAAUGCAUGGACAAGAUGGGAGAUGGUUUUAAGAAAUGUAAUGAAGAUGUUAUUAAAGAGAUUCUUUCAAAGAAACCUGUUUCUAGAGAGUGUUGUGUGAAGAUUCCCAACACUCGAGAUAUCAUCAGACUACAGAUUUUCGAUAAUAAGAAAUCAACAUCUAAAAAGACCCAUGUUACCUUAUCCAAGGACUUUACAAUAGACCCAAAUAAAACCCAUAAACAUACGAAUUGGACAGACUAA